AUGGUCGCAGCUGCGGGGACACCGCCGUCCAAAAAGCGGCCCCGGAUGGAAGAGGAAGGCAAAAGGACGACGAAGAAGCCAAAGCCUGAUUACAAUGCCGGAGGCCUUGAGCACCGGCUGCCGUCCAAUCCUCCGUCCAUGCACAGAACCAAUUCGGGCUUCAGUUUGACAUCCGCGUCCAAAAAGCAGCCGCGAGUUGAAGCGGAAGUGAAAAAGGUGACAGAGAAGUCAAAGCUUGAUGAUGCUGGAGGUCUUGAGCCCCGAAUACCCAAACCUCCGCCCCUGGACAGAACCAACCCGGGCUUCAGUUUGACCAAAUCCCCGUCCGAAGCCGUAGCAGCGGAUAGGCUUGCACACAAAAACAUCGCCGAGAUGGUAAAACAGCAACAAAAACGCACCUUGGGCGCCGAAGUAUUGCCGUAUAACGAGUACUUCCGAGUUGAAGAUGCCGAACUCAAAAAACUGAGAAACGGGCAGAGACAGAUUUCUGCUCAGUUUAAGGAACAUAGCCAUGAGCUUUUCGAACACGGGCAACAAUUCGUGCCCAUCUUGAAGGAGUUCGUCCAGGGGACGGUCUGCGACAAGGAGUCUAUCCUCCUUAUUGUCCUAGAGAUAGUCCGCGAUGAGGAGAGCAUGCGCCACCUCGUCCAGGAGAUCGUCCGCGACAAGGAGUCCAUCCGUCCCAUCAUCCAGGAGAUUGUCCGCAAAACCCUCGAGAAAAGGCCGAAUGAGCCCACCACCGCCGUCAAGGCCGAGAACGAGCGUCUCAUCAACCUCGUGGGUUCCCUCCAAGCGGAUUUGGCUCAAAUGAAUGAGCAGCUAGGGGGGAUUGUGACGGUGGUGGGCCGAAAGAAGGCCGAAACUGACAUCUUGUCGAAGAGGGUCCAGGAAAUGGACCGACUGACCAAAGACAUGCAGGGAGAGCGCAGCGCUAUGGGCAGGCAGCUCAGAGACUUGGAAGACAAGCUCGGCCAUACCAAAGCCGAGUAUUCAAUCUUGUCUCAGAGAGCAAACGACAUGGACGAAAAGCUUAACACGUCAAGAGCUGAGCAAAUCUCAUUGGCAGAGUCAGGAAGACAGAUGAAUGCCACGUUGACCAGGAGAGUCAACGAUAUGGAACAAGAGCUUGAGACGGCAAGAGCUGAGAAUGCCAAAUUGACGCAAGAGAAUGCGACGCUGACCAAGAAGUUCGGCGAUCUGGAAACGGAUACUGCGGAACGAUUCGAGGCGUUCAUGCGCAAAUGGGAGCUGCAGCAGGCUACUUUCGAUACUGCGGCUCAAAGCCGAUCCUCCCCUCUUACCAAGCACUAUUUUGCCGUAGAAGAGUCUAGGCACGCCCAUCCCGCUUUACAGGUGGCUGUGCAGAAGUUAGAAAAUGACGUUGCUGCCCAAGCGCUGGAGUCGGAGGUUAAGGCUCUAACGGUUGCCUCCGAGAGCUUGAACAGCCGCGUCGAGGCUGUCGAGGAAGGAUUACAAGAAGCGAAGCUUACUACAACCGCAAUAAACCAGAAAGUGGAUACGGUUACCACUAAAGUAGUGAGCAGCGACGCUGCUCUGUUACCGGCUGUGCCUGAGUCCUCGAAACAAGAAUCGCCAGCGCCACCGCAAAGUGGCAAUACAGGAGCUGUAGAUCCGAUUCAGCUGCUUAUCCUAAAGGGCACGGUGAAAGACGAAAUCGACAAGAGUUCCACGUUCACCGCGCGGCAGCUAGACAAGCUGGAGCGAUUGAUGGACGACCACGACAAGAAUUCCAGGGCUACCGAGAAGCGGUUGGACAAGUUGGAGCGAUCGGUGGAAGAUCUCGAGAAGCGCCCGGUCCAGAUUUCACGGCACGGGUCACCUGCACAACAGAUGCAGGUUCUCGGGUCGAAUGCCCCGCCUCAAGGGCUCUUCGCGGCUAAUGGAGUUCCUACUAUGGCACGAAGCUCGCCGAUGGCGACAGCUGAGCAAGGAUAUUUCCUGACCCAAGGGGGCAUGCAGCAGCGACUUCAAAGCCAACCAGGCAUGGUGCCCCAUCAGCCAGGACAACAACCGCAGAUGCAACAACCGCAGAUGCAACAACCGCAGAUGCAACAACCGCAGAUGCAACAACCGCCCCUUGUUGGCCACAGGGAAUUCAUUACCUUCGUCGACAAAGUCAACGCGAAGCUCGAGCAAAGCACCAAAUGCAUCAACGACCUCAACGAGUUUAGCCGCACAAUCGGGCCUCGCAUGGAAGCCGUCGAGCAUACCCAAGCCCAGACGAGCAACACCGGCAACGCGCUGGCGACCCGCGUGAAGUCCCUGGAAGAUACCGUCGUCGUGCUCCAUCACACUACCGAUCAGCACGAGAAGCGCCUGCAACACACUAAUACUGAGAAUAUUGUCAACGCCGUGACCGCCGGCGUCCAUGACAACAUUGCGCAGAACUUCGAGGUGUGGUGGAAGAAGGGCAUCGAGGCUCGAGCCCGGAGCCCCGACCGCCGUUCACAGGUCAGCCACAGCCCACAGGGGUCCUCCAGUCGCUUCGCGCCCGGUGGGCCGACGCUCAAAGUCAAGGGGCAAGCUAACGGGUUUAACGGUCGACAUGACGGCACCAACGGACGACAGGAUGACCGACAGAGCUCGACAGAUUGA